ACUGCCAAAUCUCACAAGAAAGUGAUCGUGAGCCGCAAUCUCCUUAAUCUCGAUUUUUAGAACCAUUAGCAUUGGGCUUUUUAGAUUCAUGACCACUCUGUAACCGUAAGUAUCAAUACCAAGUCAUUUUAGGAAGUGCAGUAACACUUCGGAAGCAGCUCGAUGUGCUGAUGGGUGCGUACCGUAUUGGCGACGUAAGGGAGGUGAAUCGGAAGUACUACGAUCGCGAUGUGUGCCGCCUCUACUUAUCUAGCCUUUGGCCUCACAAACUCUUCCAAUUAACGAAGCAGGAGAAGUAUAGAAAGAGAGAUUGGUUUAGUUGGCGUGAGUGUGGGAGCAACACAUCAUCUGGUUUUUGUUAUGCCCUAACUCCUAAAAAUGGAUAUGGGGCCAUGUCCAAAGGUCGACUCUUUGUAGCUGAGGAGAGAGUAUCCUUAUAUUACUCACAAUGCUGGAUGGGUGCUUUUUUAGUGGUAGCUAAGGCCAAAGGCAUUGAUAAUUAUGACAGGGAGUUGGAAGAGGCUAUUGACAGGCUUAUUGUUGAGUGUGAUAGGAAAAUUGGUAGAGCUCUCAAGUGUCUUGAAGAUGAGGAUGCAAAGGCCGUUAUUGCUAUAUCAGUCUCUGAAGUUACUCAGACAGCAGAAGUACUAGAGCUUUCAAAGCAGAUUAAGGAGAAAUUGAAAGAAGCUUUUCAAUAUGGUAUCAUAUUUUUGCACUAGCUUCUCUUUUAUUUUUUCAGGGUUGUCUCUAAGUGAUCACCUAAGAUUUUUUUCUUUUGAGAAAAUUUGUAUUUAUUCAUCCAUUUUUUUUUUUGAAAGUUGUAGUAGCAUAGGAAGCAUCUGGCUUCAUGUGUUAUUUGUUAAGCUUUUAUGAUUUGAUUUUUGUUGAAAUCUAUCUACUUUUGCUGUUGAGUUUGAGAUAUUAUUUCACUUUUAUGCUUGAUACCUUGUUUUCAAAUUGCCUUUCGAAGGUUAUGUAUAAAAGGAGGGGGUUGGAGCUGGGCGGGCUGCUAUUAUUUUCUAUUGAGGAUUAUAUGUACGAGGUGUGACUCUUGAAUUGGAACAAAGAUGCUUUUUCUGCCUUGCCAAUUGAUGACAAAUACUUGAUUUGUUUUCUUUGAUUUAACUUGGUUAUUCUUCUUUGAAUUAAUUGAUUCAAGGUGCUGUCAAUUGUUGUGAAGUUUUUGUUUGUAGACUGAUCAAAAGCUACGUGUUUGUGAUAUUUGUGGAGCAUUUUUGAGUGUUUAUGACAGUGACCGAUGUUUAGCAGAUCAUUUUGGAGGCAAACUUCAUUUAGGCUAUAUGCAAAUCCGUGAUAAAUUAGUAGAACUUUAGGUAAGAUGAUUUACAUGCUCAGUAUAUGCUGACUGUCUAUGGUGGCUCUGCUUUAAGUGUUACAUUAGGCUAGGGAUAGUGCCUGGCAUCCAAGGUGUUGGUUGUAUAAAUUGCUUGAACUAUC